AUGGUGCCGCCGCCGCCACCGCCGUUCUCCGGCUCCGCUCCGGCCGCGGCUCGGGCUCCGCUGCGCUGCCUCUGGGGCGAGAGUAGGUGGCGGGCGGGGGGCGGGGGAGGAGGGUCAGGGGAUUUGUCCCUCCCGCCGAGCUGCUGCCUAAGGCGGAAGAGCGCGAGCCCGGGGCGGAGCUCCCUGAGCGGGUGGGGCGGGGCGGGAGGAGCCGGACCGAGUGCCUCCACUGAGGGGCCCGGCGGGAACAAACAGCUGCGGCGGCGGGAGCUCGGCUCCGGUGGCCGGAGGCGGGUCCUCCUUUUCCCCGCAGACCCCGUGAACUCUCCGUUCCCUGGAGCUGCUGCCUUCACUGCGCUCAGCCCCUGGAUGUUAAGGUUCACGCGGGCGCCAGCCAGAGCCGGGAGAAGGAGCGACAGCCCUCACCCUUCAUCUGUCCCCCAGGCAGCGUCCGGACCUACACCGUGGGAGCGGGGCCCGCCGGAGCCGGAGCGGCUUCCGGCCCAAGGAGAGACACACUUCAGUGAGCGCGAGGAGCAAACUUCGAGCUCUUCUCGGGCCUCGGAGAGCCUCGAAGAAAGCGACGAGACCCGCGCAGCCGCCCCCUCUUCCCGCCCCUCUACGGGGCUGCAGCUCUGGAGCCAGCUGGCUAUUUGGCAGCAGCCACCACAACGCCGGACCCCAGAUCUUCGCCUACUACAGAGCGAUCGGCGCCCUCCGCCCGGCUGGGAGGUGAGAGACUCCAGAUCGUGUGACCCGCAAGGCGAGCCUCAGGCAGUCGGACUCCCUGGAGCGGGACUCCGCAUCAGGGUUCAGGGAGAGGCUGGGCCCUCUGCGAACACAGCACUGGUGGGACCUCCACCGUGUGCGCCUUCACCGCCAGUCCACCUGUCCACCCUCAGGGGUCGGGCACCUCUACGGCAACCCCCACACCUGCGUACCACCUCCACUUCUCUGAGGAGUGUCUCUUUCCUUCCAUUACGACGCCUGGCCACGGUCCUGUCCCAGACACCUACCCUGGGACUACGUGGUGAGGGGCUCGCACCCAACGGCCCGAGCACUGCGUGGCGGUUGAGACCAGGGCGACUCUCCUUCGUGGGAAGAGGGUUGCCGGCUCAGGAGACGGUGAAAACAGCGCAGCUCCCAAAACGCCGGGUCUGAGGCAGGUUUCGCAGCCACCGCGGUAGAGCAGGCUGCACGCUCUUGGGAGACGCGCACAGGACAGGGGACUAGAGGACGUUUCCAGGUGCGUUGGAGAGGGAGCCUCAGGUCUAAGUGCCCCUGGUGUCUAAGUUUAUCCUGGGUUUCCCCGUCUGAGGGCCUGUUUCAUUGUCCACUUGUGUGUUGUGGGCCUGACCCUACGGGAGACCGUAGCUCUGAAUGCCUGAGUACUUCCCUGAGCAACCGGCGCCUGUCCUGAGUCCUCCCCGCCCGAACGCACGAUCUGUGUCGGGGACUGCCCUGAAGGACUCGCCUUUACCCCAGGGCCUGAAGAGAUUCGACCUGGUCAGGGAACUGCAAACCCGCUUCCAGCCCGCAGUGACACCCCGGUAGGGAAGGAGGUGUGAGGGUGCGAACCUGGAUAGGGGUCUGGGACGAUGCUGGGACAAUGGGGAGAGCGUAUAGAGGCCAUGCUGCAGGCAGCCUGGUGUACUGUAGCGGCGGCCUCUUUGUGACCAAUUACAUGCCGCCAGCUGAAGCAGCAAAUCUAGGGAACCCGAUGCCCUUCCGGAGCCUUGAAUUGGAGCAGGGUAGGAGGGGGCAGAUCCGUCCUAAUACGGCCCGCUAGGCAACACACACGCAAACACACACACACGCCGUCGCAUUUAGCCUUUCGGAGCCCCAGGCAGGGUAACCAAGGCUUGCCUGGACGGGGAAGCAUUGCUGGUUGCCCGAGCCCUCGGGAGCAGACGCGGAGCCGCGUAAGCCCCACAGAAGCAAAACAAGGGACCGGCGAGAGUCCUUGCCUUGCCGCUCCGAUGCUGGCGACGGAUUCCUGGGGAACAGCGCCCUCUGGAGGAGCCGCGCAUCCACGCAGAGUCAGGAACUGAACCACCAGUUCUGGGACCAGAGUUCCCCGUUCCCCACCCCACCCCUUUGGCAAAGUCAUCCGGAGACUCGUAACCUCCGGACCUCUCUUUGCGCAUGCUUGCUGUCUUUCCCAACCUGUAUCCAUGCUUUCAAAACCCUGUUCAAAUCCCUCCUCCAGAAAGAAGCCUUCUCAAGAGCCCAACCCAUAUUCCCCUCGUCCCGCUCUGAGCAUUUCAGAACCUAAAACCUGAACCCUCAACUCCAGUGCUCGCAUCAUGCACUGCAGAGCCGAACUUCCUGCCUCGCCCUUCCCCAAUGAGACCAUUAAUCCAUUCACUCCACUCACCCUUUGCAUUCCAUGCUGUGUGCGCUGUUUUUCUUCCCCCACCCCAAAAAAGUAAGACUGAAGUCGUUUAUCUCAAAAUGGGAUAAAACUAGAUUCUCAAAGUUUGUUUUCCAUAUGAGGAACUUGAGACCCAGAGAGGAGGCUGACUUGCCCAAGGUAAUACAGAACAUUGGUAGUAGAGGUGGAACUACAUCCCUAGUCGCCCGUUUCCCAAACCAGACCUCUCUCCAUGUCACCUGGAUGGGGAACCAGUAAUGUGGGAGAUGGCUCAUUUUAAGGGGUGAGGACUGGUUAGGGGAGUUUUGACAUAGGAGAGGGGAAAUGCAGGAGGGAACUUGGGGGAGGGCGGGGUCACGGCUCCAAGAUGGAGGCAGUAACUGGAAGGAAGGGAGGACAAAGUUUCACCAGGAGGUCAGACUCUUCCUUUUCCCAACCCCAGGCCAAAGCAAGCUGCUUUGAAGGGCACCAUAUUUCAGGGGUUGGCUGAAUGUCUUAACAUCAACAGGCAGGUCAACCGGAGGCUGGGAACAGUAUCAAUUUAGGGAAAUGCCACCCUCCUCUCUGUCACUGGAAGGGAGGGAGGGGCUGAGAAACCUCUGCUGCUAAGACACACUGAAAGAUGCUGUGAUGCUAGAUCAGCCUGAGGCGGCCAUCUGGUGCUUGCAGUUAUAAAGUUGAGACACUGAGAGGGUUAUUUGUGUGUAAUUUGCAUGAGGCCUCAGUGAUUCCUGCCCUGCAGUUUGAAGCCUUCUCAGAGAUGCUACUAGUGCUUGUCUGCACAGGCUACCAGGCAGCCUGGCCCCUGUCUGCAUGUCCAGCCUCACCUGUAACCCCUAUACUCCACUCACACCUGAUUUCUCCCUUCUCACUUCUUCACUUUUGCACUAGGCUCACUCCUGCCUGACCUACUCCUACUAAUUCUCCGUCCAUUUCAAAUGCCAAGCUUUAUGAGCUGUUUCCCCCAACAACACUGCACACUGGCCAGGCUGUGAGAGCCUCCUCCCUCUGCUUCCAAAGACUUAACUCCCUCUGUUGUCAUGAGUCUGUCAUCCUCUGUCGACUGUGAGCUCCUUCAGAGGUCUUCAUCCUCAUCUUUCCUCCUCUACAAAAUGGGGAAAAGAAUUGUAUCUAUGUUAUUGAAUGGUUGGGAGGAUUAAAUGAGAUAAUGCUUAUAAAGUAUUUAACUCAGUACCUGAAACUUUGAAAGAGCUCAAUAAAUGUUUCUCAUCAUCAUCAUCGUUAUUAAUUAUUCUACCUUCUGCCAGGCACAAAACCUAACACAUAGUAGGUACUCAAUAAAUGUUAGAUAUGUGGUCAUAUGAACGAAUGAAUGAAUGAAUGAAUGGUGUUACAUAUAUCUUCCUCUUGUCUAAGACGCCCCAGAAAGCUAGCUUACAUCAUCACUAGAAAUGUGUUCUCUAAGGACAUUGUUUCUCCCCUAUGGGUCCUCCUCCCUGAAGGGAGAAAAACAUGUCCCCCUAUCAAAGAGAGUUUUUCUAUGGUCUCUGACCCCAGCAGCCAUUGGAUUUCUCUCUUGUGCUCUCUGCCUCAGUUUCCUUCUUUUAAAAUGGUAGUGACAAAUUUCCAGUUGUGAAAUAAUUCUUGAGGAUGUAAUGUACAGCAUAGGGAAUAGAGUUGAUAACAUUGGUAAUAACUUUGUAUGGUAACAU